AUGUCCACUCUAGUAAAAAUCACGUGGAUCUUUCUCACAAUUCCAUGCACUCUUUUCUUAAUUGCAGAAGCCCAAGACGUUAAUUUCAAUUUCCCUUCCUCUGAUAAUGAAAUUCAAUUACUUGAAGAUGCUCACGACCCUGAGUUUGGACAGGGCAUUGAACUCACAAAGAGCGGGGUUCGUGACAAUUUGAAAUGGAGUGUGGGUUGGGCAGUUUACAAAAGACCAGUUGAAAUAUGGAGUAAAUCUUGUGGGGGCCUUGCAUGCUUUCAAUCCUACUUUCAGUUUCAAAUAGACCGUGGGACACCAACCAAAAUGAACUAUUAUGCUGAUGGUCUUACAUUUUUCAUGGCUCCUCUGGGAUCCCAACCCCCACUAAACGGAUCAGGUAUGUGGCUUGGACUGUUAAACAAAACAUCCAAUGGUAAAAGAUCGACCCAAAAAGUUGCUAUUGAAUUUGAUACAUUCAAGAACGCAAUAAUAGAUGAAUACUAUGGCGUCAAUUCAAAUGAUCCAGAUGAUAUUCAUGUGGGGCUAGAUAUCAAUAAUAUUACUUCUGUGAAGACUGUUUCUUUGUCUGAUAGGCUUAACAGUGGAGGAAUAUGGGAAGUGUGGAUUGAUUAUGAUGGGCUUCUUAAGGAGCUCCAGGUAUAUAUGGCUCAUAACAGAUCAAACUUCAGUUCUCCUCGUCCUCAAUAUCCAACACUUAACUAUACUUUGAAUCUCUCAGAUUUUCUUCCUGAAAAGGUCACAAUUGGCUUCUCUGCUUCAACAGGACUUUCCAACCAGAUGCACAAGGUUAUCUCAUGGAACUUCUCAAGCCAAACCAGUUGGGGCGUCCAUCAUAAAGGGCAACUUUCCAAGAUAAUCGCCUCUCUCGUGGGCGUGGUCGUGGCUAUACUAAUCAUUAGCGCUGUAAUCUACAAGCUUACCAAUAAGAAAACAGCAAAAUCAGAUAGAGACCCAGAAAUUCCAAAUCCCAAUGGUUUUCACUUUGAUAAAAUUAUAGAAAGAGUUGAUGAUGAGAUGAGUCCCAAUAGAAGCCCUCGGGUAUACAGUUAUGAAGAGCUAAGUAGGGCGACUGCUGAUUUCAGACAAGAUUUAAUACUCGGACAGGGAGGAUUUGGAAGGGUUUACAAAGGAAGUCUAGAGGAUGGAGAAACAGUAGCAGUGAAAAGAAUCUAUCGGAACUCUGAGGAGGGAAUCAGACAAUAUGAAUCAGAAAUUGCAAUAAUUGACAGCUUGACACAUCCUAAUUUGGUUCCUCUUUUGGGAUGGUGUCAUAACAGAAACGGCGAACUUCUUCUCAUUUACCAAUACAUGCCCAAUGGCAGUCUGGACAAAUACUUGUUUGUAGGACAAGCUUGA